AUGGUCCUCACAAUCCACCACCUCGGCAUCUCGCAGAGCGAGCGCAUCCUCUUCCUAUGCGAAGAACUCGCCAUCGACUACAAAAUCGUACACCACACGCGCGACCCGAUCGCGGCACCGCAGUCGCUCAAAGACAUGGCAGGAAACUCAACAGGAAAAGCCCCCUUCAUCGAAGACCCAGAAGCAGGCAUCACGCUCUCGGAAAGCGCCGCAAUAUGCGACUACAUCCUAGCGAAGAACGCCGCGGGCGAGCUCGGAAGUCAGAAGAAGCCAGAGAAGAAGCUAGCGAAGACGUACGGCGAGCCCGGGUACGUCGACUUUGUGCACUGGUACCAUUUCUCAAACGGCACGCUGCAGGCGCUAAUGAACCGGUUUACGUUUUUCGAAAUCGGGCAGAUUCCCCCGGACAACGCGGCGCUGAGGGUUUCCAUGCAUGCGCUGCAUGAGACGCUGCGGAUUCUGGACGAGCGGCUGAAGAGCUGCAGCUGGCUGGCUGGAGAGGACUUUACCGUCGCGGACAUCAUGACCGUCUACUCGCUUACGUCGAAGCGGUAUUUUGGGCCCUUGGUGAGCUUCACAGAGUACCCGAAUAUCGUGCGGUACUUGAAGGACGUCGGUGAUAGGCCGGCGUAUCAACGGGCCAUGGAGAAGGGCGAUCCUGAGAUGAAGCUGUUGCUGGGUGCCGAACCGCCUGAGAAGACGCUGAUUCAGGCCGGUGGAGUGAAGGCGGACUUUUGGAAGAAGAAGAGCCACAUUUAG